AUGUCGUAUAAUUCAUCAGUCAACUUGUUACGCCCUGAACUGAACCCGCGAGACCAUGCAGCUCUAAAGUAUUUGUUUGAGAAGAAGGACGCGAAACCAAGGCUAAUUCGCUGGGUGCUGUUACUACAAGAAUUUGACAUCGAGAUUUGUGAUAAAAAAGGAGCAGAAAAUCAGGUAGCGAAUCACUUAUCAAGGAUAGAGCAACAACAGGAUUCAGAUGAUAUGAAUAUUAAUGAGGUUUUCCCAGAUGAACAGUUACUACAAUGGCUAUAUGGAUCCGGACUAACCUAUCAGCAAAAGAAGAAGCUCAGUCAUGAAGCGAAAUUCUAUUACUGGGAUGAUCCAAAUUUAUAUAGGAGAGGGACGAACCAAAUCAUUAGGAGAUGUGUGCCUGAGGAUGAAAGAAACCAAUCCUUUCACGAGUACAUACUUCGGCUUAUGGAGGGCACUUUGGCCCCACUAAAACAACAGCAAAGCUAUGGAUCACCUAGGGCCAUUAUAAGUGAUGGUGGAACGCACUUCCACAAUCGGUUGUUCCAGGCAGUUUUGCAUAAGUACGGAGUACAACAUCGAAUUGCCACUCCUUAUUACCCUCAAACAAGUGGAGUUAUUGGUGAAAUCACAAACGAAAGGAGCACGUGCAAUAACAGCUGGUCCAUCAUGCGAGAACUGCGGGGCUAA